AUGGAGGCCAGCAAACAUACAUUAAAAGCUCAGACCGUCCUUCUGAACAAUCGGGAACGGUAGGUACAAAACAAUGCCUCAGUAAGUGUUGAUAAAGUUCUCCUAGAGGUACUAGUUCUUGAUCCUACAUUUUGUAUUCCACAGCGGAUACCGAAACAAUUAGACAUAGAUAUCUAAUUUGAGAGUCGCGUCAGUCAGACGACAGAGCUGAAACCUAGCGAUCCUAAAGAAGCUGAUCGUCUUAAGUCAAGUAUAGUUAACUGCUGCCAACAGUAUCUAAGGAAGGCUACGAUCAAUCUGGGUCCCUUGAAAAGGAAUCACAUCGGUAACCUUGGGGAACUUCACAAAAACAAAGACAUUGUGCUAACCAGACCAGAUAAGGUUUCAGGAGUAGAAAUGAUGGAUAGAAUGGAUUAGGUGGCGGAACUAGAGGAAAUACUGUCUGAUCCUUCCACGUUUUCGAAAUCCGAGGAAGAUAAGGAAGCAAUUUUGAAAUCAUGGCAAGAGAGGGUUUGAGCUUUAGAAAAAGACCACCAACGCAUGGGUUCACUAUCGCCUUAUUUGGAUUUGUUUUGACAUUGUGUAAAACUGCAAGAAAAUCUCCAUCUCCAAGAAGAUCUCCAUCACUAUCGUGAUGUGUAGCUGAAUGCAUCUGGAUCAAAUAUAUACUACAGAUUCCGGCACGGCAUCGAAGUUCAUUUGAAUGGGAUCUUUUCAGUGGUCUAUGUAGGAGUCAUUUGGCAAUCAUUGCUUUAGAGGAUUUGUGAUUUAGAAUUUUCCGGUAUGUGUAAGAUUGUCAGGUAUGAUUUAAAACACUAAAAUGCAAUAGUGUAGAGCGUCGAUACGCCAGUCAAAAGGUUCUUCUUCAAUGAUGGUUAAGAAAGAGUCCCAUAAUGGUGGACUAGCGUGAUGAUAUGUGUGAUGCUUCAUUAAAAAUAUAUUGUGAGACCUGCAGCCAGCUAUAUGACACAAAAUGCCGUCAGGCGACUCUGAAUAAUAUACCGUCAGACGAUAGCCACAACUUACAGUUGAUACACGUAGCGCAUGCAUCAAAGCUCGUACAGUCCCCUGUGCAGUCGCACCGAAUGUCGAAGAAGAGCUGGAUCGCCUACAGAAAGGGGAUAUCAUUGAGCCCGUUCAAUAUUCGGAGUGGGCAGCCCCAAUAGUUCCUGUUCUUAAAACCGAUGGUUCUGUGCGUAUAUGUGGCGACUACAAGCUGAAAAUUAACUUAGCAACUAAACUGAACCCUUAUCCUCUCCCGCUCAUGGAGCAUCUGUGCGCAUCUCUCUCGUGUGGUCAUCAAUUUACAACUUUGUACUUUAAGCAUGCCUACAGCCAAGGCGUCCUAGAUACCGAAUCCCGAGACGCCACCAGCAUCAAUACUCAUCAUUUGGAGUAGGUUCGGCCCUCGGUUUAUUUCAAUGCUUGAUUGAUAACCUCGUGAAGGAUAUACCCCACGUUUAGGCAUACCUUGGCGAUAUAUAAGUCAUCGGCCCAUCUGAACAUAGUCAUCUAGAGACUCUAAGCAUCGUGUUAGGACGUUUAGAGGAAGAAGGUUUUAAACUCAGGAGAGAUAAGUGCACUUUCCUGGCUGACUCGGUAGAAUACCUGGGCUUCAGGGUGGAUAAAACUGGACUCCAUCCACUCGAACAUAAGCCCAAAGCCUUGAAGACGGAGCCGCGCCCCAACAAUACUAGCCAAUUGCGUUCAUUCCUGAGGUUGGUCACCCACUUUAGUCGCUUUAAUAAUCUGUCGGCUACGAUUCUAAGCCUCUUUAUCCACUGCUUGAAAAAAAAUCGUUGUUGGAACUGAUCGGAGGUCGAACAAAGUGCUUUUGAACAAGCAAAGGCGCCUCUUACCUCCUCAUCUGUCCUUGUUCAUUAUGACCCCGAAAAGCCUAUCAUACUGAAUUGUGAUCCGUAGGUGCGGUUGUCAUGCACCGAAUGCCUUCCAGUGCGGAGAUGCCGAUUGCCUUUGCAUCAAGAACCAUGUCACAGGCGGAAACCAACCAUUCGCAACUGGAUAAAUAGGCCUUUGCAAUAACGUUUGGCGUACAUCGCUUCCACCUGUAUCUUUUUGGCCGACCCUUUGAGAUGCACACCGAUCACAAACCCCUCUUAGGUCUGCUGGGAGAAAGACGAGGGAUACAACCGAUGUCCUCGCCGAGAAUGCAACGAUGGGCACUAGCCCUGUCUGAUUACACGUAUGCAAUGAAAUUUGUUACAGGAAGGGCAAACCUAGUGGCUGACGUCUUGAGUAGGCUUCCUAUUGUGGACGAUAGCAUUAACGGUGCACCCGUUUUCGAGACCGUAAAUCUUUUGCAGAACCUUGUCAACGCACCUGUAACCUGUCAACAAAUUCGACAGUGGACAUCGAGAGACCCUCUCCUAAGUCGGGUAAAAAGAGCCUCACAAUCUGGCUGGCCGUCCACUACCUCCCCUGAUUUUCAACCAUUCUUCAGCUGUCAGAACGAAUUAAAUCUGCAAGAUGGAUGCAUACUGUGGGGUAAUCGUGUAGUUGUGCGAACACAAGUCCGACGGGCCACCCAUAGAGACCUGCAUAAUGCCCAUCCUGGUACAGUUAGAAUGAAAGCUCUCGCCCGCAGCUACGUUAGGUGUCCCAAAAUUGACGCAGAUAUAGAAAACGUGGUGAAAGCAUGUCACGUGUGCCUAAUAACACAGAAGACCUUACCGAAGGUUCCUCUGAAGCCUUGGACCUAUACAGACUUGCCAUGGAAAAGGGUACACGUCGAUUAUUUUGGGCCAUUCCAAGGUCAUAUGGUAUUGGCGGUAGUUGACGCCCACACUAAAUGAAUUGAUGCGAUUCCAACUGGAAAUUGUUGUUCUUCACUGAGUGCAAUCAACAAGUUGCGACACGUUUUCUCUACGUUUGGGAUGCCUGAAAUGCUCGUUUCAGACAAUGGCCCAGCCUUUUCUAUUGCAGAACGUAAAGAUUUCAUGGAAAAAAUGGAAUUAGACAUUUAACUACUGCCCCAUACCACGCUGCUUCUAAUGGCCUCGCAGAGCGUGCAGUCCAGACAAUAAAGCACUGACUAGCCAAACAGACGGAAGCGGACUUGGCCAUCAAGUCGUCAUGCUUUCUGUUCAGCUAUCGCAUAACACCAAACGACUCAACAGGUGCUUCGCCUGCAUAAUUGAUGUUCAAGCGGCAGUUGCGGACACGACUCGGCCUACUUAAUCCAUUAACGCAUGAUAGAGUCAUUGCAAAACAGAUGAAGAUGAAAGCACGAUAUGAUGUGAACACCCGACCACGAGUCGUCGCGCCUAACGAAAGUGUCUACACGCGACUGGAACACGAAACGACUUGGCGUCCAGCUGUUGUUCGAACAAGCGAGGCGCAAAUAUUGGAAUCAGAGUAAGAAGAUGGGAGAAUUGUACGUCGACAUCUGGACCCAUUUCGCAACCGAACGGACACAGCAAGUGGAGAGUUCGGAAAGUUCGAACUGCCAACAACCCUUGAUAGGAAUCCUGACAUCCCGAGGACUGAACACGUGCUGCUGCACAUAUCACUAUGCCACCGACCGAGGCGUAUGCUCCUCCUCCUCCUUCUGCCCCGACUAGCACUAGCUUAGGGGCGGAGGAGCCAGUACUGCACAAAGCGGCGCGGAGGUAGAAAAUACCGCCCUGAGAAGAUCGACGCGAAUCCGCAAACCUGUCCAACGCUUUCAGGACGAAUCUUAUUAGAACAUUGUCUAACCAUCUACUAUUACCUUUACUGUUCCCGCUCUUCCCCUCCUCCUCCUUAUUCUCUCCAAUUUAGGGUAGAGGGAUUCAGCGUAUCCUCCCCGGGCCGACAGGGCAUCAUGCCGCAAACGCGUGACAAGCGAACGAUCAAGGACAUGAGCCCAGUUCACACCUUCUUUGUGCUGAUUGGCCAUCCAUCAGCCUAUGGCAGUCCCCUUGCAAUAUGCCCAGCCGUUUCCCCAAGACUCCUCACUUGUGCUGUCUAUCGUACUCAGUACACGUCCUAUUUCCAAUUACCCUACUGUUUUGCAUACAUAGCAAACGCCUUAGUCGAGCCUUUCCAUCGGCAACUCAAAGCCUCGCUCCGAGCUCAUGGCAGCCCUUCCCAUUUAAGCGAGCAUCUGCAUUUGGUCAUGCUCGGUAUCUACGCUGCACUCAAGCCCGACUUGGUGUGUUUCGCUGCCGAACUUGUCUACGGUACUACACUACGGAUUCCAGGUGAUUUUUUCCGGUACUGUGAAAGCUCAGCCAACAUGGAUCCCAGCGAUUAUGCGCAAAGACUGCGCCAUGCCAUGACUCAUCUUCGAGCCACUGCUCCACGUCUUUCAAUAAGUAAGUCGUACAUCGACCCGAACCUACUAACAUGUUCUUUUGUAUUUGUCCGUGUUGAUAGCGUUCGUCGGCCAGUGCAGCAGCCCUAGGACGGCCCAUUUCGAGUGCUAUCUCGAACGGACAAGCAUUUUACAAUUGACCGUGGAGGCCGCACCGACGUGAUCUCAGUCGAUAGCUUGAAGGCGGCUUAUACCGAGCCUCCUUCAACUUCCCCAACCGAACAAUCUCCCCUCGGCACAUUGCCACUGGCUAUUUCCCAGACUCCACUUACACCCAAUAACCCUGCGUCUUCCCUUACCCCGCAGACACCUCCUCUUACGCGCAGUGGUCGUCAUGUCCGUUUUCCCCACCGUUACCAACUUGUACAAUAUGCAUAACCCUCUCAUCUUUUCCUUUUAUUAAUAAUAGUUUUUUAACACUGUUCUCCUUGGGGGGGAGUAUUGUAGUGACAUUUAAGUCAGUUUUAUUUUAAUCAGUUAUAAUACAUUUGUUAAAUAACUUUACACAACUUUGAAUGAAACAAAGAACUAUCACCGGCAUUUUUACCUGCUGAUGAAUUUGUUCUUAUUUACUAGUUUGUAACUUUAAGGAUACUUCUAUCUUCGUUUUUCGGAAGGCCGACUUAUUGUGCCCCACUAAUGGGUUUAUUCCUUACAAAGGCACUGAGAACCGGAUCUCUGUUUGGAAACUGCGGGCUGUCCCUAACUUAAUUGAUAAUAACAGGCCUCGCCUUUGUAUAAGGCACCGUGUGAUAGGGUGUGCAGCCUUCGUCGGCAUGAGUUGCAAUACGCCGGUUGAAUGUUACACCGUCUGGCACAAUGUCUGCACCAAAACUCUUAUUAUUGAAGUGAAACUGUUGGGAGAACAAGGAGUGGAAGUGCAGGUAUAUGAAACCGCGCUUAGUUGUCGGAAAUAUAGCAUUGAUCGCGUGGUGAAGCAGAAAUGUACUGUCGGAAUUUACGAUCCAGCACGCAGGAAUGCCCUCUUUGAGCAAGUGAUUGAUCUUUGAUGAUCUGCGGUGAGAGCAUUCAUCACCAAGUGGGCCGCUCCCAACAGCGUGAUGUUAAUGGAUUAAUGGAAAGCGUAUGCACGUCUUUCUGAAGAGGGUUAUCGGCAUUAGACUAUUAAUCAUUCUGUCAACUUUGCCGACCAAGUUAACGGAAGGAACACAAACGUCAGUGAGACCUACUGGAGCAGGUUGAAGCCUAAGCUCUAUGAGAAGGGUUCAAUGAGGGGAAGACAUAUUUAGACGCACUCAGAUGAAGCCCUAUACAGGCUACGGUAUGGUGUACAAGCAAACAAUCUGCCGGAUGCGGGGCAAACCUUCCUCACACGUAGCGAAGGCGAACGCCGUUGAUGAACCUGUGCAAUCCGGCCUCGGGCAGGGAAGGACUACCGUAGUUAUGGGGGCAAGAAAUGUAUGCGGUCGGGAAAGGUCACGGCAGCGGAAAACGAACGUAUCCCGCAAGGCAAUUCCACCCAUGAAAGAAACUGCGCUUCUGAAUUCCAGUCUGAUUUUCUGCUGUAAAUGCGGUAAUAGUUUCAGGCAACGGACAAUGCCGGUGGUUGGAUAAAGCAAAAGACAAAUCAUUCGGAAACGAUAUGUGCAAAUAAAGCGGGGCAGUCGGUAAAGACACAAUAACGGCAUAGAGCAUUUAAUGUUUACGCCGACGUUCGCGCACUGACCAUCCUAUAAGCUACGUUAUGAAUGUAGAUAACUCCCGAAGUACUGAAAGGACGCUAAGUGCAGGAACCACUUAGUAUGGACCGUCGCUUUGAACGCCUGACUUAACCACUAACAAUUUUCGCCAAGGACCAGAGCUCGUGCACAGCGCCGGAGAACUGAGAGGAUCGGUGUGCUAAGCACCCGGUCGAGACCUGGCGGGGCGUGCACUUAGUUUCCGCGCACACUGCAAUGGAAUAGAGUAGUGGAAAUCGAGCCUACUUACUCACCAGAUUAGAAUUAAAUAGAAUACGUUUAUUGAAGCGUCCCUUGGGCACUGUCAGGCCCGUUUGAACUCAGGAAAAAACCCCAAUGUCAAAUAUCAAGUUUAAUUGCACUUUGAUUUCAUUUGUAUCGGCUGUCUGUUUAGCCAGAAGAGCGCGAAUUGGUAGUUUUUUUAAGUUAAAAACCCUGAGUUGUUAGGGAAAAUAAUAAAGAAUGUUUUAAAAUAUAACGAUAUGUACAAUACAAAAAUUGAAAUGUGCAUUUUUUUUUAGUUUCUGCGUGGGCAUGAAUAAUAUGUCCUUCAUGGAAAUUGAAUAACUUUGAUAUCAGCCUAACCUUGAGAGCAUUGUCCAGUUAGGUAGAUUUUGGUCUGCUCUUGUAACGUCCCCUGAUCUGCGCAGGGUUGUUUGAAUGCCGUGACACUUUUUGGCGCGUGGACCUGGGGUGAAGAUGGCGUAACCGCAUGUUGGUGAAGAUGACCGGUGCCCUUCCCUCUCACUUAGGCCGACCCUUCUUCCCGCAUCCUAUCGCAAAGUUCGUACCGUCCUCCGUCUCGCUCUACGUCGGCACCUCCCCCGGGCUCUCCCUGCUGUUGCCAACAGCGCUGCGCUCCCAACCGGUUUACUAG